AAGAGGGGUAUUUGUGGUCAGGCUUCCAUUUUUCGUGCCGGUCCACCAUAACGCUGUCUUGCGGUCCAUGUCGCAUUUGCUGCCCAGCCGACAGGGCCCUCCAUAUCUGGGUGGGCCUGGGCAGCACUCAUGGGGCGGGGCCGAGUUCGGGGAAGGGGAGCGCAGUCCCUGUGGAGCGGGCGUGGCGUAGCAGGGCGGAAUGGGCGUGGCCUCGAGGAGCCCCGCCCCGUCCCGCUUAGACAAUGCCCCGGAGCCGCCAGACAGUCGCGCCCCCGCCCCACCGUAGUUCUUGAGCUCGCCUUACCCAGGGACCCCUCAAAAGCCAAGAGCUCCAGCCCCCGAGGCUUGAAGACUAGGACUCCCUUCUCCAACCAACUCUGUCCUCAGGGGGGUGGGGCCCCAGCCAAGAACACAAGAGCGCUGGAGUCUGGGUGGCCGCUAGAGCUGCUAGAACUGCCUCCUGAAGAGUCGCUGCCGCUGGGACCGCUUCUCGGUGACACAGCCGUGAUCCAAGGGGACACGGCCCUAAUCACGCGGCCCUGGAGCCCCGCCCGCAGGCCGGAGGUCGAUGGAGUCCGCAAAGCCCUUCAGGACCUUGGGCUCCGGAUCGUGGAGAUGGGAGAUGAGAACGCGACGCUGGAUGGCACUGAUGUUCUCUUUACCGGCCGGGAGUUUUUCGUAGGCCUCUCCAAGUGGACCAAUCACCGAGGAGCUGAGAUCGUGGCAGACACGUUUCGGGUGAGGAGCAGGACCAGCUUCGUGCUGGGGGAGCCAGGAGCUGAUGCGGACUUCGCUGUCUCCACAGUGCCAGUCUCCAGCCCCUCCCACCUGCGCGGCCUCUGCGGCAUGGGGGGACCCCGCACUGUGGUAGCGGGUAGCAGCGAAGCCGCCCAAAAGGCUGUCAGGGCGAUGGCAGUGUUGACGGACCACCCCUAUGCGUCCCUGACGCUCCCAGAUGACGCAGCUGCUGACUGUCUCUUUCUGCGUCCUGGGUUGCCUGGUGUGCCCCCUUUUCUCCUGCACCGUGGAGGCGGGGACCUGCCUAAUAGCCAGGAGGCACUGCAGAAGCUCUCUGAUGUCACGCUGGUACCUGUGUCCUGCUCAGAACUGGAGAAGGCAGGCGCUGGGCUCAGCUCCCUCUGCCUGGUGCUCAGCACACGCCCCCACAGCUGAGGGCCUGGCCUUGGGGUCCUGGCUGGCCAGGGGUAGGGCAGCAUAGGGAUUAGAAGGGGAAGGAGGCUUAGAUAGAGGACAGUGAAUAGGUAGUAGUGGGGAGAGGGCCCCAAG